AAUAAAGGGCAGAAAUAAAGAGCCGAGCUCUUGCAAAUUGCAAUGAUAUAUCAUUAUCCCUGUUAGAGAAUUUCUGUCUAUUAUUACCCACUCCAUCAUAAUAAAGAUUAAUUUUCUAUUUAUUUUUUUUAUUUUUAUCACUUAAAAAGAUUAAUCAAACCACUCCAUUAAUCAUUAAGAAUCUCUCUGAACCAAUCGCUUUCUUUCAUCAAACAGAAGCAUCUCACCUGCUCUCUAUCACUUACUAUCUCCAACUCGUUCUCCUUAAGCCCCACCUCAUUCACAAACAAGGAAGAAUAUUUCUUCUUUUUUUUUUCCAACUUCAGUUUCUUGUGAGAUAAAGGUUUCUUGGAAAUUUUGGAGAGAGAUGUAUGUUCUUCGCUUCAGGGGAGGUUCGGGAUGAGAAUUAAAAGAAGUAGACAAGAAAAAGAUUGUAAUGAGCAAUAACAAUCUUGGGCUUGCAGCAGAAAUAAUAAUCAUGGCCAUUGUCGUAUCAGUGAUAUUAUUGUUUGUAGGCAUUGGGUUAUUAGUCUUUAUCCAUGCUUGUAUUAUUGGAAGAAGUUUUAGAAACAAUGACCCUGCAAAUGAUCCGACAGGCAGCACCGACAGUCCUGGAAGAACAACAAGCAUAUCUGCAGAUGAUUUGGAGAAGCUUCCUAGCUUUGAUUUCAUAGCAAAAAGCAAAGGAAGUAGUCCAGUUGAUUGUGCUGUUUGCUUAGACAAUUUCAGGGCUGGUGAUAAAUGUAGAUUGUUGCCUAUAUGCAAGCAUAGUUUUCAUGCUCAAUGCGUUGAUGAGUGGCUUCUGAAGACGCCUAUUUGUCCAAUUUGUAGAGCAAGUGCUGGUUCAAGAAGGGGAGGCGUAGCCAUAGGUGAAGAAAGUAGCCAUUUAAGUGAUACUAGUAUUGAUAUGAGAGGGAAUUUGACAACAGAUUCCAGUAGGCAUUUCAGCGAUGAUGCUGGUGUUGAAUUGAGAGGGAGCAAUACAACAGGAAGUGCCCAAGCAACAAUUAAUGCUGGAAAUGAAUUAACCCAGAACCAAACAGAUGUUAUUGAAACAACCCAGUUAAGCUCCAAUCCUUGAUCUUCUCUUUUUCCUUCUGGUAUUAGUUUACAGAAAAUGGCAAAUUGAAAUAUGCAGCUAUCGUUAAGCCAAGACUAUUAAGUAAUGGAGUGCGAUUUUCUUUUUCCUAAAUGUUUGUGUGAUCAUUUAUAGCAGCUUUCUUUGUCUCUGGUAAGAUGGGAUAAACCACAAAUGUGAAGUUGCUGCUUUGAUGCAUCUUUGUUUUUGAUACUCAUGUUGCAGCUAAUGAUUUUGUUUGAAAAUAAAUAGUUAACUUAGAAAGAUUAAAUUAUAACUACAGAAAUGCACUUUCAA